CAUAUAUAUAACAGCUUUGCUGUAACAUCAAACGUAUCAAUACGUAGUUGCACUAUUAGCAUUACACUCGAUUUUAACGUGAUAUGACGCCGCGUAUCCUAUAUAGAGAUCUGGUGGCCCUGCUUUAGGACGUCAAUGGCUCGCCGUUAUUCAUAUUUGUCAUAGUUUUAAGCAGAUAAUCGAAGGUGGACCUCGAGCACGCAAUUUUUUUCUCAGUCUCAUUCUCUCACGCGAAGGAGAGAAAGCGAGAAAGAAAGAAAGAAGAAAAGAAUUGUCCCGCAUUAUUUUCGCAUCAGAAUUUCAUUGCGAUGGCUGAAAAUCGGGACGCGAUACUGGCUGAUUUUCAGGCAUGCACUGGAAUCGAUGAUUUUGGAGAAGCCAUUCUAUAUUUGGAAGACACAAACUGGGAUCUACUGGCUGCAAUAAAUAAAGCUAUGCCUCAAGGAACGCAACAGUUACCCUCCGAAAUGGCUCCGGAUAUAGAAAUGGUGGAGGAAAUUAAAAUAAUACCACAUUCGUCUUCGGCAAAACCACAAACUGCUCAAAGCUCGAAAAAGAUAGAGACAACAAAAGCAGAUGUAGUGGAGAGUGCAAAACCUGGAACGAGUAGACCUAAAAGUUGUAUGAGGAAUAGAAUGCUUACAUUCCACAUUAAUUAUCUUGAUAAUGUCUAUAAAAUUAAUCUAUCCGAAUUGUCCACUUUGAAAGAUCUUAAACAAUUUAUAUGGUAUAAAACGAAUAUAGCACCUUGUCAACAAGAUCUUCGUGGAUGGAAAAAGGAACCCCAAACAUCGAAUACAAUAUUGCAAACGUUAGAUCUGCCUAGAGAAAAUACAUUGUACCUGUCAACGGUAUCGCAAGACGGUGAUUUGUCUCAUGAGACGGUGAGCCUGUCGGAUCGUAUGGUUCAAAAUUACACUUUAAACGUAAAGGAUGAAGUACACAAUAAAACGUACAAUUUAAAGUUUCCUGGCACGCGUACCGUAUUAGAAGUGAAAACGGACAUUUACUCGUUAAUAGACGUUCCUGUACGAAAUCAGCAGUGGAAAGGUUGGCCUAGUUCGCUGAAGGAUGAUAACGUAAUAUUGGCACAAAGCGGGAUUUGUUACCCGGAACACGAUUUAUCCGUAGGGAAGCUUCCCGUGAAGGAAGAGAAGAAGAAGGUUAUAGAUUUGAUUGACAGCGAUAGUUCCAUAGAUGAACCGGAAGAUGUGGAAGAAUUUGAAGAUGUCCCUGAAACGUUUACCGUUGAGGAUGAUAUUUUCAUAGACGAUGUUAAGUCUACGAAAGUAGAGCGUCUCAUGCCAGAAAAUGUAGUAGAUGAGGUGAUGGGCACAUUACAUUUCGCGGAACAAUUCGAAAAACGUUACGGGCCGGCUCAUCCGGAAUUUUUCGCCGGCACAUUCGAAGAUGCCCUGAAGGAAUCUUGUCUAAAACCAGCAAAAGAGAGAAAAUUACUAGCUGUGUAUUUGCAUCACGAUAAUAGCGUAUUAGCUAACGUCUUUUGUACUCAAUUGUUAGGAUUUGAAACGGUGCUUCAACUUCUCUCGGCGAAUUUUAUAGUCUGGGGUUGGGAUAUCACAUAUGAAUCUAAUAAAGAGAGGUUUCUAUUUUCUGUAACUCAAACUCUUGGUACUGUUGGCUCGUUGGCUGUGUCAAGCAUAGACGUGGAUACUCUGCCAGUUUUAAUGAUCAUCAUGAGAUCUAGAUCUAAUACAGAGAUAUUUACCAUCGUGCACGGCAAUGUGGGAGUGAACGAGUUACUGACGAAUUUGGUACAAGCUGUCGAUAUAUUUCAGGAACAAAGACGAGCUGAUAUUGGCGUAGAAGAAGAACGACAGGCCAGAGAAAGAGUCAAGCAAGAACAAGACAGAGCAUAUCAAGAAAGUUUGGCAGUCGAUAGAGCAAAAGAAGAAGCGAAACAAAUGCAAGAAGAACUUGAGAAAAAGAAAAAAGAACAGGCCGAAAAUGAGAGGCUAGCAGAAGAAGCGAGGAAAGAGGCUCACAGACAAGCUGUGGAAUCCAGUUUGCCACCUGAGCCGCAACAAGGGGCGGGCGACGGUGUAAUGAAAGUAAGAGUACGACUUCCGGCCGGAAAAAUCCUGGAACGAAAAUUCCAAUCCGACACGCCAUUACAAACGCUCUUCAAUUUUCUUAUCGUGGAGGGUUAUCCUAUAGAAGAAUAUAAGCUCCUGUCCAGUUGGCCUCGAAGGGAUUUAACAUCCAUGGACUCGAAACUCACUUUGAUGGAACUGAAAUUCUGUCCACAGGAAACAGUAAUUUUAGAAGAACGAUAAAUAAUAUAUUAUAAUUAAAUUUAAAUAUAGAAAUUAAGUGUCGCAAAUAUUCUACAAAAAAAAUGUAUUUAUUUAACAAUUUCGAGAUAGAAAACAGCAAAUUAUAGAAAUCCUGUUUAUCUUGCAAAAUACACAUUUUUACGCUGAACUUUUCCCAUAUGAUGAAGUCAUAUACGAUGAAUGUAAUGUUAUUUCAUAAAAAGAUAAAAAAAAGAAGAAAAAAAGUUUUUUUCAUGCAUACAUAUAUUAUAUACUUUUAACUUCUCAGGAAUAAAUAGAAUUCUGAGCAAUUUUAAAUGAGAACUGUCUUUUUUUGUUAUGAACGCAUUGCACAAUUGGGCUAUGUAAAUAAUGAAAAUAUACACUAAAAUUUA